AUGGACGUGCUCGACCGCGCGUCCAGCUCCAGCUGCAAGCUCCUCGGUGCGUGCGUCUCCAUUCCAGAGCGCGAAAACCUACGACCUGCGGUCGAGGACCUCGUCGCGCACAUGUUCGCAGUGUGCCCCUCGCUGUGCGGCGCGACGGAACUGGUGUUCGAGAACGUCGGCACGACGCGCGAGCCCCCGCGUCACAUCGAGACCCGCAUCUGGUGGGUCGCCGGCGAACUGCACAUGGACGUGCUCGACCGCGCGUCCAGCUCCAGCUGCAAGCUCCUCGGUGCGUGCGUCUCCAUUCCAGAGCGCGAAAACCUACGACCUGCGGUCGAGGACCUCGUCGCGCACAUGUUCGCAGUGUGCCCCUCGCUGUGCGGCGCGACGGAACUGGUGUUCGAGAACGUCGGCACGACGCGCGAGGUGUGGCCGCAUCUGGUGGCGCACCCGGCCGCAAAGCUCGAGAUCUGGUACGAGGCCUUCCACGGGUUCCUCGACGCCCUCGAGGCCGACGCCGCCGCGUUCAUGCCGAAGCUCGAGGCGCUCACUGUUUAUACAUCCCCCGCAAGCGCACGCCUGCCUGUGCCGCGGCCAGGGCAGCUCGUUGGGCAUACCCAUCGCCCGCUCCUCCAGCGUCUUGUGGACGUGCUUUUCGAACGGCGGGAGCGAGCAUUUGCUUACUGCAUAAAUCUCCGGUAACCUUGAGCGUGGCACCCUCGCAUGCAAGACACCGAACAUUUUCUACACAAUAUGAUCCACACAAUACGAUGCCGGGGGCAACGGUAAAUAAUUUCUCUAAUAAGAUAUGUAGCUAGUGCGAGUGCAAGUGUAAGUGGGGGUGCUAUCAUCUAUUAUGCCACAAUACGCUAUGCCACAGGUAAAGCCGGUGGUAUCAGCACGAAUGACAAGAGAGGGAGGGAGGAAGGGCACAGCCGACGGCGGCUCAGCGCUCAGCGUCCACACACGCAGAGAAACGAUCGUGCGAUUCUACAUAGGAAUUGCUGUCUGUUUUUACGGGUCCAUAACAACGAAACCUUCCUCUUGCGCACUGCGUGCGAGGAGGGAGCGACGGUCGGAAAGCGCGGAGCAGACAGCGCAGGCCACGCGCAGGGCCUGGCCCGGCCUGGCCUAGGCCUCUACCAAAGCGCCUGAGGAAAGGGCGCGGCCGCUCUCACCGCACCCACGCGCCGACCUCGCGCGUGACGUAGUGCCAGAUGUAUUCUGUCCAGCCCUCCAGGACGCCUGCGCCGGUCAUGAUGUGGAGGCAGUCACCACCUGCGUGCUGUUCGGCGUCGUAAUGAGC